GUUUGACUCGGUUCUGCAACACGCGAGGUGGUGUCUUCUUUUUUAUAUAUAUGUAUAUUUAGAUAUAUACCAAUAUAUAUAUAUAUAUAUACUAUAUAUAUAUCGAUAAAGAAACAUUGUGUAGUGUGUAUGUGUUUUUGGCGCCGUUUUUUUUUUAAAUUCUUAACAGUGCGUUCAACCCCUUCUUUUAAUAAAAUUACCCUUCUCUUGUUUCAAUACAAAGUGAAAUUAAUCGUGAAUUUUAUUUAAAAAUUAUUGGUGCGCGAAAAGUGUGUCUCGUUAAAAUAAAAUUUUUUUUUUUUCCCACCCUAUCAUUAGGAUUCGAAAAUCAAUAUUAUGGGGUGUCCUGCCUGUUUACUGAUGUGCUGCUUAUUAAUCAUUGGUCACAUUCAAGAAUCACUGCAGCUGAAAAUCAAACAGGUGACAAUUCCAGAUACAGUGAGAGAGGGGAAAAAGGAUUUUGUAAUUUUAGAUUGUGAUUAUGAUCUGGAAGGAACUUCUAGUACACUUUUAGUUGUGAAAUGGUGGUACUUUAAGGACGAUAAAUCAUCGCCAGACGACGGUUAUGUUGCAUAUCAGUGGAUUUAUGGGAGACAACCAACUGCUGAACCUAGUUUUCAGAAAUACAUUGACGUUCAAUAUAAAGCAAGUGAAGAUCCCUAUACAAUGUAUCGAGCAAUGAAAUUGAUUAAUCCCAGUGUUGAUCUUACUGGUACAUAUAAAUGUGAUAUUUCGACUGUUGCCGAUGAAAUAGAAGCAAAGGGAUCCAUGGUAGUUUUCUCAACGGAAAAAAAAUUUAAAUUGAUCACGAGAAGAGCUGUCGUGAGAGAAAAAGAGGGUUUGGAAGUGACGUGUCUCGCCGAAGGGCUGUAUCCUCAACCUUCUCUCGACAUUUCCGUUGAAGGAGUUGAGACAAAAUAUUCAGCGAAACCUAUAGUUACAAUGGCGCCAGGAUCGCAGUAUUACGAUAUUUUGACAAGAGUCGACUUGCAGGAUGAAGAUUUGCCCGAGUUAGCAAUUCUAAAGUGCACCCUCAGCAUACCAAUGGCUAAUUAUAACGUCUCCCGUGAAUUAAUCUACCAACCUGGAACGCCCACAACCACUACCACCUCAACAACGAAGCUGCUGAGAAAAAUGGAGAUCCAGGCGCUAGACAAGUCAGAACCAGACUUUGGCUAUGGUGGUGUUAAUAAUGCCAGUAUGAGGUCGUUAGCUCUGAUAUUAAUAAUACUUCAAUUUUUCACUGUUUUAAUAUAGAUAAAAACUAGUCUCUAAAUCGACUAUAGAAGAAUUCUCUUAUUUCUGAUAUAAAUACUAAAAUAAGGAAGAAAUUUCAACAGGUCUAGGUGGAGAAUUCAAUUUUCAAUAAAAAAAUUCUCGAUUUUCGAUCAUCAAGAAAUACAUAUAAAUUAAAAAACUAAUUUUUUAAUUUUGAAUUUUAAAACUAAUUCAUAUGUUAAUAUUUACUAAUUCUAAUUUUUCUAAUAUUUUUCUUUUCUAUUUUAAAAUAGAAUUUUCUUUUUUUUGCGGUUAAAAUAUCAUACCGUAUAUCAAAAAAAAAAAAAAUUCUUAUAGUAAAUUUUGUAAAUACACCUCUACUUGUAAAUAUCGAACAAAAAAAUUGUAUAAAAAAAAAAGUACAAGAUAUGUCGAAAGAGAAACUUUUAUGUAUAACAUCUAUGUAAAAGUAAAUUUUAUUAUCUAUAUAUAUGAAAUAUAGAAAAUAUUUAUAAAAACAUUCAAUUCGUAAUGGAUAAAAUAUAAAAUAUUAAAUGCCAUCGUUGAAUGAUUGUAAAAAAUAUAUAUGUAUCAGUUACAUAAAAUUAUAAUAUCAUAUCUAAAAAUUUUGUAUAAUUACUUCAAUUAUGCAAAAAAAAAACAGAAUCUAUGUGGAAAUAUAUGUCUGUAAAUAUCACACGUAAAAUUAUAAAUA